AUGCGAAAAUUGUGUGUGGAGAUCGAUGUUGCUGUUGAUGUUGCUGGAUUUAUUGAUGUUGUGCUUGUGGUUAUUUUGUUUCUUUAUCAGUGCAAGUUACACGGUUGCCUCCGAAGUGUCAGCGCUGCAGUAUUUGUGGGCAUUCUGAUAAGAUAUGUCCCCAUAAGCCUGUUGUUGCAAGUGCUAAGGUCUGGCACCCAAAGAAACAGAACGAUGACAAGCCUCCACCAGUUCCUAAUGCUGAAUUGCUCAACAGAGUACUCAGCCCCUGUUGAACCUGAUUGUCAUGAGGAUUUGUUGGAUAAGCCUGCAGCUAUUGCUUAUAAUUCGCCUAGGAAAACUCGAGCAGCUUCAGCUGGUGUGGCAGAUCUAAUGAAGCAAUUGAAAUGCGAAGCUCAUCCCUUUGAGAGUUCUAAUUUCAAUGGCUCCCAGGUUCCUAACAAUGAUAUUAAAGAAUUUCAGGAAUGUUUGCAUGUUUUGGCUGUCUUGGAUCACCCUUACACUGGUUCCCAUUUACCUGGACUUUGGAAGAGGCGGCGGCAAGUUGGCAAACAACUAGAGACAGUCAAACGAAAAAAACUCAUCAAUCACAAGGGUGAAAUUUACAAAGAGGGGGUAAUGGAUUCACAUACGAGGCUAGCAGUAGGCACCCUGGUAUGGUUGGUAUUGGCAGCAACUGCAGCAACAGUGACCAGAGCUCAAGCGUUAGCCAAACCUGGCUGCCCUGCUAGUUGUGGAAAUCUAAGCAUCCCGUACCCGUUUGGCACAAGGGAAGACUGUUUUCUAAACCCAAACUUCCACAUCAUCUGCAAUGAUUCUGCCAACUCAUCCACAGCCUUUUUAGCAAGUACUGAUUUUGUUGUUACCAAUAUCAGCGUAGAAGGUCGGUUGCAGAUUUUAGCCACUGUUGCCCGAGAUUGUUACAAAGUUUCAGGCGACAGUGUGAUCCCAUCCCCACAGAUAGUAUCCUCCUUUCCGUUGUCGAUUUUCAACGUCUCUAAUACUCGAAACAAGUUUACUGCCAUUGGCUGCGACACUUAUGCAUUCCUUUUAGGUUCCGUGGGCAAUAAAUACUACCGUGCGGGGUGUAUGGCCCUAUGUAAUCGCAUUGAAGACCUGGUUGAUGGUUCUUGUUCAGGAUUCGGAUGUUGCCAGAUACAGAUUCCUGAUGGGCUGAAAAAUAUCGAUGUGAUAGCAUAUAGCUUUAACAACCAUUCUCAGGUGUCGGAUUUCAACCCUUGCAGCUAUGCUUUUGUUGUUGAAGAAAAUCAAUUUGAGUUCUCGUCGGAUUAUGUUCGAUCUAUACCUGAAGAUUACAAGUUUCCCAUGUCGCUUGAUUGGGUAGUUGGUAAUGAGACAUGCGAGGAAGCUGAGAAGAAUACACCGAAUUACGCAUGUCAUCAGAGUGAGUGUUACGAACCUGGCAUAGGCAUGGGCUAUCUUUGCAAAUGUCCAGACGGUUAUGAAGGGAAUCCAUACCUCCCAGAAGGCUGCAUAGAUAUCGAUGAAUGCAAAAUUUCGAGUCCCUGCUACCAAAAUGCAGAAUGCCACAAUUUUGCAGGAAGUUUCAAAUGUAUUUGUGGAGAUGGAUAUGAAGGGGAUGGCAAAAUAAAUGGAACUGGCUGCAGUUCUGUACACAAACCUAAAGGGUUUCCCUUUGUUAACAUUGCUCUAGGUAUGAGCAUAAGCAUCUUAGUGCUAAUAUUGAGCCUUUCCUGGAUUUAUUGGGGACUUUGGCAAAGACAGCUCAUCAAACAGAAAGAAGAGUUCUUCCAACAGAACGGUGGAAUUAUCUUACAACGAGAAUUUUCAAAGCAUAAAGGGCCUGUAGCAGCCAAAAUAUUCACAGCAGAAGAGCUCAAGAAGGCAACAAACAACUACCAUGAAAGUAGAAUUCUAGGCCAAGGAGGUCAUGGAACAGUGUAUAAAGGAAUAUUGCAAGACAACAGAGUUGUCGCCAUAAAAAAAUCCACGAUAGCUGAUAACAGUCAAGUUGAACAAUUCAUCAAUGAAGUGAUUGUGCUUUCUCAGGUCAACCAUAGAAAUGUGGUAAAGCUAUUGGGAUGUUGUUUAGAGACUGAAGUUCCCCUGUUAGUUUACGAAUUUAUAACCAAUGGUACCCUCUAUCAUCACUUGCACGGUUCAGGCCUUGCAUCUUUCAUUCCCUGGGAAGGUCGUCUAAGAAUAGCAGCAGACACUGCUGGGGCACUCUCAUACCUGCACUCUGCUGCAAAUCCUCCCAUUAUUCAUAGAGAUGUUAAGUCUACUAACAUUCUUUUAGAUGAGCAUUACACUGCAAAAGUAUCAGAUUUUGGAGCUUCGAGAUUAGUGCCUUCGGAUCAAACCCAAUUAACCACAUUGGUGCAAGGAACGCUUGGUUACUUGGACCCGGAAUACUUUCUAUCAAGCCAGCUGACUGAAAAGAGUGACGUAUACAGCUUUGGGGUUGUCCUUGUGGAGUUACUGACUGGAAGAAAGGCACUUUGUUUCCAAAUGCCUGAAGAGGAGCGAAAUCUAGCCAUGCAUUUUGUUUCUGCACUCAAGAAGGAUCGACUAUUCAAAAUCAUUGAUCAUCGUGUGCUUCUUGAGGAAAACACUGAACAAAUACAGGAAGUUGCCAUGUUGGCGAAGAGUUGCUUAAGAGUAAGAGGGGAAGAGAGGCCCUCAAUGAAGGAAGUUGCAACGGAAUUGGAGGGUCUAACAACAAUGAAAAAGCAUCCGUGGGUAAAAGUUGAUGUGGAUUUAAAGGAGACAGAAAAUUUGCUAGAUGAAGUCUCAGGUGCAAAUGCUCGAGGUACUAACAGCAACCCGUCUGGCUAUGACAGCAUUAGGCAGGAAAUCAUAUUACAUGGCCGGUAG